CGCUGAACUACCUCAAAGAGAUGUGUCAGUCCGCGCGACGUUACCCACCUUAUCGUGAAGGAGCGCCAUCCGUUCCUUGAACGCCAGAUUUCCAUGUCUUAGCCGUCAAGACCUGACUGCUCCCAGCAUCAACGAUACCGACAUCGACCCUCCUUACGCGAAGGCGUGCACAAUCACCCACUACCUGUCUGCGCCAUCACCUUCCUCAGAUCGUCGUCAUACAACUAGGACUGGCAUAUCGGAGCCCCGACGUCAUGGACGCUGACGGAGUGACAAUGCGUCGGACUGGCCUUCCCCAGCCUCGUCCUGUGUCUCGGCACCAGUUCUCGGCCUCAACCUCGCACGCCUCUUUGGCUUUACACGAGAUUUCAGACUCUCAGUCAAACGCCCGAUCGCAUAUUGCUCAACCAUCAUUCGGUACCAAACGAAUCUUACAACCAGCCGUCCAACCUGAAGCGAAGCGCCAGACUCUGGCAGAAAGAGCAGGUCACCCUCCUCGCCCACUAGGCGCUUCACUCCAAGCCUCCCGCUCGGUAAGGGCAGUUGCACUGAAGGAUGUGGGCAAAACAACAAGUGGGAUGAACUCGUUCUCCAGCCUCCCAACAUCUCGUGCCAUCCCAACCACAAACUACUCGUCGAGCACCAGCAUCUACGGCGCCAGCUCGGCCCGACCACCUUCCCGAUCGCAGCACGCGCGAUCUCGAUCCAACACAAGGACGUUACAGAUUGUUCCAAGCUCGCGCCCUACAACCUCCAUGGGAACUCGGGAACGGGAAGAACCCAAUAGCCGAAAUGCCACCGAUAUCGAUGAAAAGCUGGGCAAACUCGACAGUGACUUUGCCAGAAUGAAAGAAUUCAUGGAUUCUUCAGCUGUCGACAAAGACCGGCUUGUUGAGGAACUUGAUCUCGCAAAGAGGAGAGCUGUCCAACUUGAGGCCAAGAAGGUCGAACUGCAAGACGACCUGGAUGAAGCGAGGCGGGACUUCAAGAACGCCAGCCGCGAGGUUCAGUUCUUGACGGAGGACAUCGAAAAGUUGAAGCAGAAGCAUCAGGACGAUUACGAUCAUAUCCGCAGACGAUUCGACCGGGAACUGGAAGAAGAGCGAAGACAACUCGAGGCCGAACGAGAAAAGCACAACGACCUCUUGCAGCAAUUUGAAGAAAAAUGCGGCCGAGACGCAGAGGCCCAAAAAGAGCAACUCGAAAGGGAGAUACUCGAGCAAAGAGCCCGCGUCACAUCCCUGCGCCAUGAGAAAGACCUCGAAGUCCAAAAGCUCAAUUUGCAUGUACAGCAACGCGAAAUGCAGCUCAAGAAAGCCGAGGAGGACCUUGCCAGGGCCCUCGAUCAAGUCAGCGACCACGAGCGCUCCAUAGCGAGGCUGUCGGCCAAAAUAGAACAACUUGAGGAGAAUGCCAAAAGCCUUCAAGAAGCCUACGGAUCGAGCGAGAACCGCAAAGACCAUCAGAUCAGCGAUUUGAGCCGGCAAUUACAAGAGCUUACCCGGCGUGCUGAGGCAGCCGAGCGUGCUGCAGAGGAAGAAAAACGGGCCGCCAAGAAAUUAAUAGAAGCUUCAAACGAAGACUUCGAGCGGAUGAAAAUACAGGUCAAGGACAAAUUGCUGCGCGAGGAAGAGAAGCGCCACAAGCUCUUUGAGCAAGUGCAGGACCUCAAGGGCAACAUUCGCGUCAUGUGCCGUAUUCGCCCUGCCGGUUCGUCUCCGGAUCUCCUCGAUUUCGACUACUUCGAAAGCGAGUAUGACGAGGACAAGUACGGAGGCCUCGUCGUGCCCACGGAAAGAGAGAAUGCACUAGAAGAAGGCAAGAAGGUGAUCAGCAAAUCACAGCCGUUCAACUUCGAGCGCAUCUUUGACCCGGCCUGCACCAACCAGGAUGUGUUUGAAGAGAUUAGUCAACUCGUUCAGUCUGUCAUGGAUGGGAAGAAGGUCUGCAUUUUCUGCUACGGCCAGACCGGGUCUGGCAAGACGUAUACAAUGAGCAAUCAGAAGCCAAAGCUCGAUGGCACGUCUGACCACGGCAUCAUUCCUCGCGCCAAGGAGAUGAUCUUCGACGAAGUCUCGCGAAUGAGGGACUUGGGCUGGGAGUAUUCUCUCGAGGGUAGUUAUCUCGAAGUCUAUAAGAACAAGCUCUACGACCUCGUGACUCCACGGAGCGGCGAACCCAAGCCUUUGCAGAUUAUUCGGACUUCGGAUGAGUUGGAGAUCAGGGACCACGAGUUCGUUGGGCUGAACUCGGAAGACGAUCUGGACUACCUGGUUCAGCAAGCCGAAGCGAAUCGCCACACAGCAGAGACAAACAUGAACCGUGCUUCGUCGCGGUCGCACUCUGUGCUGGUCAUUAAGGUGCACGGCAGGAAGACGAUGCCAGACGGGAAGGUCAAAGUUCGUCAGGGCACACUCAACUUGAUCGACCUGGCUGGCUCAGAGAGCAUUGGUCGAUCUGGCGCGACCGGCGAUGUGGCCGAGGAGGGACGGCAGAUCAAUAUGUCGUUAACCCACCUUGGAACCGUGCUGAAGAAGCUGGGGGAAGGCACCAAGAAGGAAUCAGUCGACUUCAGCAGCUUUACGCUCACACAGUUGCUGAAGCCUUCGUUGGGUGAAAAGUGCAGGACACUGAUGUUCUGUAUGGUGAGCCCGCUGAAGGAAAAUGCCAAAGAAACGAUCAACAGUCUCAAGUUCGCCGAGAAUGCUCAAAAAGUGAAGCAGAGCAACGCCGCCAAGGCAAACGGCACAAAAAAGCCUAGGUGAUGAUGAACCAGGUCGCUUGUAGCACUUUUCAAACGAGACAACGGUAGUGGCGUGGUUCUUGUCACCUGUGUGCGAUGCUUGUCGAAUUGGCGUAUUCUGUGUUUGGCCUGGAGUUGGUAUAUUGACAAGGCAUGAGCCUCCACGACGGUCAGAUUGGCAGGCGUUUUGGUGUUUCUGCCCUUCUGAGAUGGUACUUAUACAAAGACGCGGGACAUUCGGGUUUUUGUCAGCGUAAAUGCUACGUAGCAAUUCAAAAAAGUGAACAAUUCACCAAAGUAUAAUAGUCUGCAGAUCCGAUACUG